AUGGCCGUUCUUUCAGCACAGUUGGGUGGGUACGAAAAUAUAGGUUGCACUGAAAAAGACUUGACAAAUUAUGAAAGGGAUAAGAGACAGAAAUCCAAGGGUCGUGAUGCUCAGAUGUUGUACGAACAUUUUGAAGAAAUGAAAGAGUUGCAUCUAACAUUUGAAUAUGAAGUGAAAGUUGACGAAGAAAAUAGCUUAUUACAUUGUUUUUGGGCCGAUCAUAUUGCACGUCAGUCGUACAAAUAUUUUGGUGAUGUUAUAGUCUUUGACACUACUUAUAAUACCAACCGAUAUGGUUUGAUAUUUGCUCCAUUUAUGGGAGUAAAUCAUCAUGGGCAGUCUAUUACUCUUGGAUGUGGUUUCAUACACGAUGAAACCACUGAAUCUUUUAUUUGGUUGUUUGAGUCGUGGCGUAAAGCGAUGCAAGGAGAGUCACCUAAAGCCAUAAUAACAGAUCAAGAUCCAGCAAUGACGAAGGCCAUUUCUAUUGUAUUUUCAAAUACAUUCCAUCGGUAUUGUAUUUGGCAUAUAAUGCAGAAGGUACCUGAGAAAUUAGGAGCCAUCGCACAUAGGGAUGAAUUUAUUCGACCAUUCAACGAUUGUGUAUGGAAUUCGCAAACGUCUGAAGAUUUCGAAGAUUCAUGGGAAAAAUUGAUGACAGAGAAUGGUUUGGAAGAUAAUGUAUGGUUGAACUCUAUAUAUGCAGUCCGUCAUAAAUGGAUACCCGCGUUUGUACGGCAUGUAUUUUUUGCGGAUUUCAUUGUUCGGUUUGAUAGGGCACUUGCUCGCCAAAGGCAUAACGAGCUUGCUGCAGAUCAUGAAACGAUCAGUAGAUUGGAUUAUGUUGCAGAAGGUGAAAGGGAAAAUGAUGAUAUUUAUGUCUAUAACGUAUUCAAAGUUGCACGCUUGGAAGAAAACGACUGCGACCGAGUGGUUAGAUAUGAAGUGAGUAAAAAACAUGCUGAUUGUAGUUGUCUCAAAUUUCAGUUCAAAGGUAUACCGUGUAGACAUAUAUUAUGCGUACUUCGACGUGUUCGUAUACCUAUAUUGCCAGAGUAUUACAUUUUGAAGAGAUGGAUACGGUAUGCAAGAGUAGGUUCUAUUCACGACAACGACGAGGUAGCAAUCAAGCCAGAUUGUGAUGAUUCCAUCUCACUAUGUCAUAGUAAUUUAUCUCAGAUUUGCCGAUUACUUGUCGAUGAAGGGUCUUCCUCAAAACAAGGGUAUCUCUUGGCUAAGGAAAGGUUGUAUGACAUUUUAAGGGAUGUUUGA